AUGGACAAGUUCUCGUACCCCGAGUACUACGACUUCCCGCCCUUCUUCACUCUCCAGCCCGUGCGUGCGACACGGGAGAAGCAGCUCGUGUUGUGGCAGCAGCUCGUGCUCGAGUAUCACCGCGCCCAUGACGUCCCCCUGUUCCAGCCCUUUGCGUCGACGCUCUUUGAGAACGUCAAGAUCUCCCGCAGCUUGACGCAGGAGGGCCGAGUGGCAGUGGCGGAGCAUUUGAUUCGCUGUGGGCAUGGCCAAUGGGAAGACGAGACGAAGACGCGGUGCCGCCUCAUGUGGAAAAAACCGGCCGUGUUAGCGGCGGAGGUUUAUGAUUUUGCCAAGACACACGAGAUGCUCGGCAGUGUGUUUACGGUGUACGAACUGUAUGCAGGAGACGAGACCUUGGGCACGAGUGUACAUGGGAUGGAGCCGUGGCUGCUUCGUGAGGCUCUGAAAGUGCUGGAAGGCGAGGGAAAGGCGGCGGUGAUUGCUGGUGAAACGUGUGAAGAGGAUGGUGUGAAGUUUCUGGCUACGGAAUGA